CACCUGCUGUAGUGCUGUGUCGGCACGCUGUGGUUCCAUCGAGGCAGGGAGAUGGUCAGGCUCAAAUCGCAUCAGUUGGAGGGGGUGGUCAAUAAAUGAGAUAAGAGUUACCGCCUUGUGACAGGUAUUGGAGAUCAAGUACGUAGGAUCAAUACUCAACUGGGCCUCGCGAAAUAGGCCUGCCGCUGUUCAUUCUCUACUAUUCAGUAGAGCUUACCGUCUUCGACUAGUGCUACUAGGUCAACAAUGAGCACGACGCUUGCGUUCCCGGCCGCUCGCUGCGUUAGAGAGCUCAGAGAUCUGGGGGUGUUGCACACAGUGGUCUCUUGUGGACUUCGCGUCCUUUUUUCGUAUGCAGUUCGAAGCAGCUCCUCGGAAUCGACGGGCCACGGCAUUCCAACAGCGGCUACCAAGAAGGCCACAGCUGAGGCGAUCGAGAGAUCCUUCAGGUCUGAGCGUCUGACAGUGACGACUGAACUCAAGCACCGGUUACUGACAGACACCUGGCUCAUUCUUGAGUAUGCGCGGCAUGCUCUGGCCGCUCUAAUAUUGCUAAUUCAUGACUAUUAUCUCUGACUACUGUUUCCGUCA